GAUUUUGCUGUAACUAAGAAACCCCCCUUUUCUACUGUCCAACAUGGCUGCUGCUGCCGCUCAGAUCUCUAAGAAGAGAAAGUUCGUCGCUGACGGUGUCUUCUAUGCUGAAUUGAACGAAUUCUUGACCCGCGAGUUGGCCGAGGAUGGCUACGCCGGUGUCGAAGUUCGCAACACGCCCGCACGCACUGAAAUCAUUAUCCGUGCCACUCACACCCAAAACGUCCUUGGUGAGAAGGGCCGCCGUAUCCGCGAGCUUACCACCUUGGUCCAGAAGCGUUUCCGUUUCGCUGAGAACGCCGUUGAACUGUACGCUGAGCGUGUCCAGAACCGUGGCUUGUGCGCCAUUGCCCAGGCCGAGUCCGUCAAGUACAAGUUGUUGAACGGUUUGGCUGUCCGCCGUGCCUGCUAUGGUGUCGUCCGCUUCGUCAUGGAGUCUGGCGCCAAGGGCUGUGAGGUCGUUGUCUCUGGUAAGCUCCGUGCUGCCCGUGCCAAGGCCAUGAAGUUCGGUGAUGGUUUCAUGAUCCACUCUGGUCAGCCCACCCGUGACUUCAUCGUCACUGCUGUCCGCCACGUCUUGUUGCGCCAGGGUGUCCUCGGUAUCAAGGUCAAGAUCAUGCUUGACAGCGAUCCCUCUGGUCGCCAGGGUCCCAAGAACCCUCUUCCUGAUGUUAUUACCAUCCUCGAGCCCAAGGAUGAGUCGUACAUCACUGAACCCGUCAGCCAAGACUUUGGCAGACCCGCUGAACCUGUUGCUGCCCCUGCUGAGGUAGAGGCUCAAUAAGUUUGUAAUAUUCAUCAUUCCACCGCCAUUAAAAAAGCAGUCUGAAUAAUGCACAAACACACAUAAUUUUUUUUUUACUUUA